AUGUCUGAGAUUUACAAUUCACAAAAAGUUUAUAAAAGCAAAUUUAACACUUUUACUACGCGUCAAUUAGAUUCUGAAGAAAUUUACAAAAUCAAUACAAUUGAACGUGCAAAUAUCUAA